AUGUCGCCCAACGGUCAACACUUCCUUCUUGACCCGGAAAAGACAACGGGGCCUAUGAGGUACUGCCAUGCACGAGUCGUCCAGCCAAAUACCCAUCACACAGUCUACAUCUCAGGAAUCGCUGCUGUCAGUCCAGACGGCACUUACGAUGGUGUCACCGAAAAGCCCGACGGCACCUAUGACCUAGACAUCCGCAAGCAGACGGCUGCUGUCCUAAAACGUAUCGAGAGCAUAAUCAAAGGUGCCUCGGGAGGAAAAGCGGAUUUAUACAGUAUUGUGGAUGCCACAGUCUAUAUUCUGGAUAUGAAAACACAGUAUGCGGGCAUGAACGAGGAAUGGAAUAAAAUCUGGCAUGACCGUAUCAGUGCGCCUUCGCGAGCGACAAUCGGGGUGAGAGAGUUGCCAGAUCCCAGAUUUCUGGUGGAGAUUAAAGCUACAGCUAUUUUUGAGGCAUAA